AUGCAGUACGUGCGAAGCUUGAGCGGCCCCGUCUCGAAGACCUGGAAUUCAAUCAACCCUGCCACUCUUAGCGGGGCUAUUGAUGUGAUAGUCAUUGAGCAUGAGGAUGGAAGCCUUGCCUGCUCGCCCUUCCACGUCAGAUUUGGCAAAUUCUCUCUGCUUCGCCCGUCCGAAAAAAAAGUCGAAUUCAGAGUCAAUGGAGUCAAGCAAGACUAUUCUAUGAAAUUGGGCGAUGGAGGCGAGGCCUUCUUUGUCUUCGAGACAACCGACAAUGUACCCGCAGCGCUACAGACUUCCCCAAUAGUUUCGCCUGCAAGCAGCCCAGCAACCUCUGUUGAUGAAUUACCCUCUCUUCAAGAGCCUCCCGAUCUAUAUCUGGAUGGCGCCAAUAGCUCGAAGGUUGAGUGCAGAGAUCCAGUUGGCAUUCCAGUUCCCACUGAUCGGUUUGGGAGUCAUAAUUUCGGAAACUUGACGCCGUUAUCGCAAUCUCCGAGCAGCUCCACUAUACCCCGAAACCGUCUUGAUUCAUUCGACGACAGCACUCUUGUGCCAAAGCUGGAUCGCUCGGCUUCAGAUGGCGUACUCCCGCAGGAUAGAGAAACACUAGGGAGUGAAUUCUCCAGUCCUGCCAGCCUGCUUCGCGCGGGAAAUCGAGCCAACCCUCAUCAGGACCGCCAUUCAAUGAGCCCUCCGCCUGUCUCACCCAGUGAGGCUAUUUCGCGUGCGAUAGCCCUAUCGAAGAAACUGUCAGGUUCCAAUAUCCCUUCGCAAGUAACCGAGAGCGGCGAUCUUAUGUUGGACAUGACUGGAUACAAGAGCAGCGAGGAAGAUGCGCUGCGUGCAGAGGUUGUUGCACGUAAGAUUCUUUCGGAAGAACUGGAGGGAAAUUAUGACAUUGGCGCUUUGAUUGGCGCAGAUGAUCAUGGUAACCUUUGGAUCUAUAGCAGCGAGGAGGCGAAAGCUGCAGCUGACCGUCGCGCUACGCUGAACUCUCUCAAAUCACACCCUGUUCCGUUCAGCGAUGACGCCGUUUCAGACCCAGGGUAUCAUAGUGACGGGGAACCAAGUACUCUGCAACAUCCAAUUCAGACUCGUCAUCAUCGUACUCAAUCUGAUGUCCAGCCUGGCUCCCCAACUCCACCUCAAACUCCGCCGCAAGAUGCGAGCGUCGGAGAUCCUAAUCGGAACUAUGCCAAAACGCUGAGAUUGACCAGCGACCAACUUAAAGCCCUGAACCUUAAACCUGGAGCCAAUCCUGUUUCAUUCACAGUCAAUAAAGCUACAUGUCCAGCUACUAUGUAUCUUUGGUCUUACAAGACUCCAAUUGUGAUAUCUGAUAUUGAUGGCACAAUCACAAAAUCCGAUGUCUUGGGCCACGUCCUGAAUAUGAUUGGACGGGAUUGGACACAUCAAGGUGUUGCGAAGCUCUUUACGGACAUUGUGAGCAAUGGGUAUAACAUCAUGUAUCUGACAAGUCGCUCUACUGGACAAGCAGACUCAACUCGGACAUAUCUCAACGGAGUCUUGCAAGAAGGAUACAGAUUGCCGAAGGGCCCGGUUAUUAUGAGUCCCGAUAGGACCAUUGCGGCCCUACGCCGUGAGAUCUAUUUGCGGAAACCCGAAGUCUUCAAAAUGGCCUGUCUGCGUGACAUCCUCAACCUGUUCCCACCAAAUCACAAUCCAUUUUAUGCUGGAUUCGGCAAUCGUUUGACAGAUGCCUUGAGCUAUCGAUCUGUCAAUAUUCCGUCAUCACGCAUCUUUACGAUCAACUCCAAUGCCGAAGUGUCAUUAGAUCUUCUGAGCCUUAAUAAGUAUAAGAGCAGUUAUGUGACAAUGAGGGAACUGGUCGACCACUUCUUCCCUCCCGUCAGCCUACUUGUUCAGGGAGGCGGAGAGGAAUUCACAGAUUUCACCUACUGGCGAGAGCAUGCGAAUCUGGAUGAUUUCUCAGUCACUGACAGUGAGGAAGAAGAAGAGGAACGGGACAUUGAAAGCGAGCGCGGUUAUAGUGAUGAUGAUGCCAGCGACCUUGACGAGGAUGAGCAAGGAGAUGACAUGGGUGACAGUUUUAUAUCUCGCGAUUCUCUUGAUGACCCCGAAUUAGCUGGAUCUAUGGCGAAUUCGGUCCUUGAAGAUGAAGAAGAAAUUCCUGACGAGGAGCUAUCUGAAGCCGACGACGGUCUCCCUGACAUAUGA